AUGGUUCUCCCUCACUUCUUCUCACGAGACAAAUUCAAGGCCAAAGACAAGGGAAAAGACGAGAAGAAGAGCAAGAGCAAACCCAAGCAUACUGUUAUCCCUCCGGUGAAUCCUAUUAAACAACCUUCCUCUCCUCCGCCGGUGAAUCAUAUUCAACGCAAACCUCAUCCUCAACAGCCUACACCACAGGCUUCAGCUCCUCAACCACAACCUCAGUCUCAACCUCAGUCUCACCCGCAGUCUCGUCCCCCUCCAUACUCUCCUCCGCCACCACCUCCGAAAUCCUUUGAUCGAGCGACCAGUCUCCGUACCUCGUCGCCUCGCCACCCUCCGUCUUCUACCUCUGGUACGACUGCGACUGCGACUGCGGAACCUGAAAUACCCCCGCCGCCGCCGCUCCAUCGUCUUCCUCCCAGGCACAAGACCGUCUCUCAUCACGCUCACUCGCGUUCUCACAACUCCGCCUCCUCAGUCUCUCCGUCCGCUACUCCCUCGCCGGCGUCUUCCCCUCCUACGUCGACAUCGGCUACCUCUUCCCCCCGCCAUAGGUCGUCUCCCACUAAACCUACCGCCGCAUCUCGCUCUCAAUCUUUACACGCGCAUAGUCGUUCUUCCUCAUAUCCGCCUAAAAAAGCCCCUCCUCCUUCCUUUUCGUCCUCGAGGUUUAGCUUUUCGCCUCGUUCCUCGGCUUCCAAUCGCCACUCCCGACACCAGGAUAUUCAUCCGUUGAACCUUCCACCUGACGAGCUCCGUCGUCUGUCGGCUAUGGCUGCUGCCCGCGACGAAUCUGUAAACGCGAUGGACAUCGACAACAAGAACGGGGCCAAUGGCUCCGCAGGGAAGAGCCCUACUCCACCGCCGCACCGCUCUGGUGGUGAGGCGGAGUCGUUCAAGUUGGCCGGAAACAAGUUCUUCAAGGAGAAGAACUACAGCCGUGCCAUCGAGGAAUUCACAAAGGCCCUCGAAAUCGAACCCAACUCUCCCGUCUUCCUUUCGAAUCGUGCUGCUGCUUACAUGGCAGCAAAUCGUUUCCUCGAGGCCCUGGAAGAUGCUGAACGAGCCAAGCAGUUAGAUCCGGCAAACACCAAGGUCAUGUACCGUAUGGCUCGUAUCUUGACCAGCUUGGGUCGUCCCGCUGAGGCUCUGAAUGUUCUUUCGCAAAUCCAACCCCCUGCUUCGGCUGCCGAUCGUGCGCCCGCAGAGAAGAUGCUGCGUUUUAUUAGCCAGGCCGAAGAGAUUCUCACUCAGGACCGCGGUGUAUCUAUGAUGAUUUUCUGUCUCGACCAAGCCCGCCAGAUGCUCGGUGCCGGUGUCAAGGAGCCCCGGAAAUGGACCUUGCUCACCGCAGAGGCACAGUUGAAAAUGGCCAACGACAACGCAUAUGGCAAGGCACAGGAUAUUGCCAUCAACAUGCUUCGGGAGAACAACCAGGACCCCGAUGCUCUGCUCAUCCGCGCCCGGGCCUUCUACGGCAUGGGUGACACCGACCAGGCUCUCAAGUACCUCAAGAUUUGCCUGGGCUUGGACCCCGACAUGAAGAAGGCCAUGGUCAUGCUGCGUAUGGUGCAGAAACUGACCCGGACCAAGGAAGAAGGAAACGCCGCCUUCAAGGCCAAGGACUACCGCAAGGCCAUUGACCUCUGGUCGCAAGCCCUGUCCGUUGACUCGAAGAACAAGGACGUGAACUCCAAGAUUUUGCAGAACCGUGCCCAGGCAUACAUCAACCUGAAGGAGUAUGACAGCGCCGUCAACGACUGCAACGAAGCCCUGCAGCUCGACCCCGGGUACACCAAGGCCCAGAAGAUGCGUGCUAAGGCUCACGGUGCCUCUGGCAACUGGGAGAAGGCUCUCCAGGACUACAAGGCCGUUGCGGAAGUCAACCCAGGCGAGAAGGGCAUCCACGAGGAGAUCCGUCGUGCUGAGCUCGAGCUCAAGAAGGCCCAGCGCAAAGACUAUUACAAGAUCCUUGGCAUUGAGAAGGACGCCUCGGAACAGGAUAUAAAGAAGGCCUACCGUAAGCUGGCCGUCAGGUACCACCCUGACAAGAACCGUGACGGUGAGGCCGGUGAUGAGAAGUUCAAGGAGAUUGGUGAAGCCUAUGAGACCCUCAGCGAUCCUCAAAAACGUGCCUCCUAUGACAACGGUGACGACCUCAUCGACCCUGCUGACAUGUUUGGCGGUGGCAUGGGUGGCAUGGGCGGCAUGGGAGGAAUGGGCGGAAUGGGCGGAAUGGGAGGUAUGGGUGGUAUGGGGGGUACCCAUAUCAACAUCGACCCCAACAUCCUGUUCAACAUGAUGAACGGUGGUGGUGGUGGUGGAUUUGCCGGCGGCGGUUUCGGCGGUGGCCAGCCUCGUGGUGGAUUCGGUGGCUUCCCAUUCUAA